AUACUUCCGCGGCGUUACCCCAUUUUCCAGACGUCCCUCUUCAGUCGGUCGGAAUUUCGGCACCGCUGGUGGAGAAUCGCCGGAAAGCGGCUUCGGUGAUAGAACGAGCUCGCAGCCCGAAACCACCGCGCGCGCGCGCGUGUGUGGUCACACGCGAACGAGCCACUUUCAUCCAGUCAUUUCACCAUGGAGGUCUGAACUAUGAGGUGUUGUGUAGCUGCAGACGACUGAGAGAACCAUGGCACAGUUCCCCACCACAUUCACAGGUCCAGAUGUGUUUCUGAUCUCGGUGGAUGAGAGAGCCAAACAUGAUCAGCAGUUUCUCAGCCUCUCUCCGACCGCCGGGGGUUACAUCACAGGUGACCAGGCCAGGAACUUCUUCCUCCAGUCAGGACUGCCCCCUCCCAUCCUGGCCCAAAUCUGGGCUCUGGCUGACAUGAACAGCGACGGCCGCAUGGAUAUUCAGGAGUUCUCCAUCGCCAUGAAACUCAUCAAGCUGAAACUUCAGGGUCACCCUCUGCCCCCUGCGCUCCCUCCUAGUAUGAAACAACCCCCCCUGCAGUUACCCCCGCAGACCGGCUUUGGCAUGCCCCCCAUGCCCCCCAUGCCACCCCUCCCGGCUCCUCUGCCAGUCGUUCCCCCUCUGCCCCUGCCCCCGCUCCCCGUCGGGGUGUCACCCCCGCUGGUCUCGUCGGUCCCACCACCCCUCCCCCAGCCCAUCGCCAACGGAGCUCCUCCCACAGGCAUGAUCCAGCCCAUCUCAGGCUUCUCCCACCCAGGUCAAUCCGUCAACAAGUCGGCUUCGUUUAAUCGUUCCAGUAUGAAGUUGCAGAAGGUGUCUUCCUUUGAUGCUGCUGGUAGUCUGCCUCCCCCUGAUUGGGCCGUUCCUCAAUCCUCAAGGCUGAAGUACCGACAACUUUUUAACUCCCAUGACAAGAUGAUGAGUGGACACCUCACCGGUCCUCAGGCUCGCACUAUCCUGAUGCAGUCCAGUCUUCCUCAGGGCCAGCUGGCCACAAUAUGGAGUCUAUCAGAUAUCGACCAGGAUGGGAAACUAACAGCCGAGGAGUUCAUCUUGGCCAUGCACCUCAUAGACAUGGCCAUGUCAGGUUUACCGCUGCCCCCUGUGUUACCACCAGAUUACCUCCCGCCCACGUUCAGGCGUGUACGAAGCGACAGUGUCCAGUCGGACCAGAAGAGCGUCCAGGAGGAAGUGGAGGAGGAGGCUGAGAGCACCCAGGACAAGAAACUACCAGGUUUGGUCCUCGCCAGCUGCGGAACUGGACACCGUCAUGUUACUGUUCAAACUGGAACUAGAUCUUUUCUCAAGUCUUCACUGACUAGCUUGAAGGCGAUUGAUGUGACAUUUGAGGAUAAGAAAAGGGAAAACUUUGAGCGAGGAAACCUGGAGCUGGAGAAGAGACGUCAGGCUCUGCAGGAGCAGCAGAGGAAAGAGCAGGAGAGACUGGCUGCGUUGGAGAGAGAGGAACAGGAGAGGAAGGAGCGCGAGCGUCUGGAGCAGGAGCGGAGACGACAACACGAACUAGAAAAGCAGCUGGAGAGACAGAGGGAGCUGGAGAGGCAGCGAGAAGAGGAGAGACGCAAAGAGAUAGAGAGAAGAGAGGCUGCUAAGCGCGAAUUGGAGCGCCAGCGUCAGCUGGAGUGGGAGCGUCAACGUCGGCAGGAGCUUCUGACGCAAAGAAACCGGGAGCAGGAGAGUAUAGUGCUGCUCAAAGCCAGGAAGAAGACGCUGGAGUUUGAACUGGAGGCUCUGAACGAUAAGAAGACCCAGCUGGAGGGCAAACUGAAGGAUGUCCGGUUUCGCCUGUCAGCUCAGCGGAGAGAGGUGGAGCAGACCAAUCACACCCGAGAAACACGCAUCGCUGAAAUCACCCUGCUGCAACAGCAGCUGCAGGACUCCCAGCAGUGGCUCGGGAGGCUGAUUCCCGACAAACAGAGUCUCAACGACCAGUUGAAACAGGUUCAACAGAACAGCCUGCACCGUGACAGUCUGUCGUCGCUGCAGAAGGCCGUGGAGCAGAAGGAGAGCAGCAGACAGCAGCUCAGAGAGCAGCUGGACGCCGUGGAGAGGGAGACGAGGGCCAAACUGCUGGAAAUAGACGCUUUCAACACCCAACUGAAGGAGCUGCGGGAGAUCCACAUCCGGCAGCAGAGGCAGAAACAGAAGGAGAUGGAGGGAGACGCGCACUCACUGACACACACACUAACACACACACAUUCUCACCUACACACUCCGAUCGAGAGGAAGUCUGCUGAGCUGCACGAGAGCAGGUUGUCGUCAGACGAAGGUGUGGCCUGGAGGGACGAAGCAGGAAGCUCCGCCCCCGAAGCUCCCAGCCCACCCUCCAUCUCUGCACCCGACGCCUGGCUGAACAGAGUGACGCAGGAGGAGGAAGAGAGGAAGAGGAGAGGGAUGGAGGAGGAAGAAGAAGAAGAAGAAGAGGAGGGCCUGAAGCGGGCGGGAUCGGCCGAAGAGAGGGAGGACGAGGGACGAGGCAAGAAGGAUAUGCAGGAUAAACUCAACAAGCUGUUCAGUCAGCCGACGGACCCCUGGGCUUCAUCAGGGGACAAAGCUCCAGCACCCAGUCUCUUUGACCAGAAGACGACGGCCAGCGGCUUCGACCACCACCCUCACCCUCACCCUCAACCACACCCCCACCCACACCCACACCCUCACCCUCACCCUCACCCACACCCACACCCACACACCCAUCCCCACCCACAGCAGCUGCAGCAGCACCAGCAGCCGGUGAAGGUGGUCUACUACAGGGCCCUAUAUCCAUUCGACGCUCGCAGCCACGAUGAGAUCAGCAUUGCUCCCGGAGAUGUGAUCAUGGUGAAGGGGGAAUGGGUGGAUGAGUCCCAAACGGGUGAACCUGGUUGGCUGGGCGGAGAGCUCAGAGGGAGGACGGGCUGGUUUCCAGCCAAUUACGCGGAGCGGAUACCCGACAGCGAAGCACCGGUCAGCCUGCGCUCCACGCCCUCGGCCACGCCCACACCCACCCAGCAGCAGCAGCAGCCAAUUGCGACGCCUCCUCCAGCGCCUGGACACACCUCCUCCUCCACGUCCUCCACCAACAGCAACUGGGCUGACUUCAGCACCACUUGGCCCUCAAAUACAGCAAGCCAAUCAGACAGCGAGGGCUGGGACGCGUGGCCGACCACCUCAACCAGUCAGAAUCCGUCCCUCAGCGUUCCCUCGGCGCAGCUACGGCAACGCUCCGCCUUCACACCCGCUACCAUGACGACAGGCUCCUCUCCCUCACCCGUGCUGGGACAGGGGGAGAAAGUCGAGGGUCUUCAGGCUCAGGCGUUGUAUCCUUGGAGAGCGAAGAAGGACAACCACCUCAACUUCAACAAGAACGAGAUAAUAACAGUGUUGGAGCAACAGGACAUGUGGUGGUUAGGUGAACUGCAGACCGGACAGCGAGGCUGGUUCCCCAAGAGUUACGUCAAGCUCAUCUCCGCCCCUGUGACGGCCCCCGCUGUUGUCGCAGCACGCAGCAAAAACCCCAGUGAGUCUGGUGUAUCAGAGAGCCCGCCCAAUGGAAAACGACCAUCCCCAUCCCCAACACAACCCUCCGAGUCUGGUGAAGUCCCCUCGUCUGUGUGCAUCUUCACAGAGUACGUGGCCAUGUACACGUAUGAGAGCAACGAACAGGGAGACCUGAGUUUCCAGCAGGGAGACGUCGUCGUGGUGACAAGGAAAGAAGGGGACUGGUGGACAGGCAUGGUCAGCGGCAAAACUGGAGUCUUCCCGUCCAAUUACGUCAAACCUCGAGACUCGGCGUCUGAGUCUUUGGGACCAGGAGGGAAGACGGGCAGCUUGGGAAAGAAACCAGAGAUCGCUCAGGUCAUUGCCCCCUACAGUGCCACGGGGGCAGAGCAGCUGACGUUGGCUCCCGGGCAACUCAUCCUCAUCAGGAAAAAGAACCCUGGGGGCUGGUGGGAGGGUGAGCUCCAGGCCCGAGGGAAGAAGCGCCAGAUAGGUUGGUUUCCGGCAAAUUACGUGAAGCUGCUCAGUCCCAGCACCAGUAAGACGACGCCCACAGAGCCCACGCCUCCCAAACUGACUCCUGCCAAUACAGCUCUGUGUCAGGUGAUCGGCAUGUACGACUACGUGGCCCAGAAUGACGACGAGCUGGCCUUCCUGAAGGGUCAGGUGAUCACAGUGAUCAACAAGGAUGACUGUGAUUGGUGGAAAGGGGAGCUCAAUGGGAGGGAGGGUCUGUUCCCCAGCAACUACGUCAAGCUCACCACGGACACUGACCCGAGCACGCAGUGGUGUGCCGACCUCCAUCUGCUCGACAUGCUGAGUCCCAUGGAGAGGAAGAGGCAGGGCUACAUCCACGAGCUGAUCGUCACCGAGGAGAACUACGCCAACGACCUGCAGCUCGUCACGGAGAUAUUCCACAAACCUCUGUUGGAGUGCGAGCUGCUGACGGAGAAGGAAGUGGCCAUGAUCUUCGUCAACUGGAAGGAGCUCAUCAUGUGCAACAUCAAGCUGCUCAAGGCUCUGAGGGUGAGGAAGAAGAUGUCAGGCGACCGGAUGCCGGUGAAGAUGAUCGGUGACAUUCUGACCAACCAGCUGCCUCACAUGCAGCCCUACAUCAGAUUCUGUUCGUGUCAGCUGAACGGAGCCACGCUGAUCCAACAGAAAACUGACGACAACCCCGAGAUCAAAGACUUCCUCAAGAGGUUGGCCAUGGACCCCCGGUGUAAGGGAAUGCCUCUGUCCAGUUUCCUGCUCAAACCCAUGCAGAGAGUCACGCGCUACCCGCUCAUCAUCAAGAAUACUUUAGAAAACACUCCGGAGACACAUCCAGACAACAGCCACCUGAAAGCUGCUCUGGAGAAGGCAGAGGAGCUGUGUUCACAGGUGAACGAGGGCGUCAGGGAGAAGGAAAACUCCGAUCGUCUGGAAUGGAUCCAGGCUCAUGUUCAGUGUGAAGGCCUGUCUGAGCAACUGGUGUUUAACUCCGUCACCAACUGUCUGGGUCCCAGGAAGUUCCUCCACAGCGGGAAACUGUUCAAAGCCAAGAGCAGCAAAGAGUUGUACGGCUUCCUGUUCAACGACUUCCUGCUGCUGACCCAGGUGACCAAACCCCUGGGAUUCUCUGGCUCGGACAAAGUUUUCUCCUCGAAAACACACCUGCAGUACCGCAUGUACAAGACGCCGAUCUUCCUGAACGAAGUGUUGGUGAAGCUGCCGACCGACCCGUCAGGAGACGAGCCUCUGUUCCACAUCUCUCACAUCGACCGAGUUUACACGCUCAGAGCCGAGAGCAUCAACGAACGGACGGCGUGGGUUCAGAAAAUCAAGGCGGCUUCAGAGCUCUUCAUCGAGACGGAGAAGAAGAAGAGAGAGAAAGCGUAUCUAGUUCGUUCUCAGAGGGCGACAGGUAUUGGUCGACUGAUGGUCAACAUCGUGGAGGGAAUUGAGCUCAAACCAUGUCGCUCCCACGGGAAAAGUAACCCGUACUGUGAGGUGACCAUGGGUUCCCAGUGCCAUAUCACAAAAACAUUACAGGACACGUUGAAUCCCAAGUGGAACUCCAACUGUCAGUUCUUCAUCAAGGACCUGGAGCAGGACGUCCUCUGUGUCACUGUGUUCGAGCGAGACCAGUUCUCCCCCGACGACUUCCUGGGCAGAACGGAGAUCCGGUUGGCUGAAAUAAAGAAGGAUCAGGGUUCUAAAGGACCGAUCACGAAGCGGCUGCUGCUCCACGAGGUUCCCACGGGAGAGAUCGUGGUCAGGCUGGACCUCCAGCUGUUCGAAGAACCGUAAAAAACCCGGAGCAGGACCGCGCUGGACUGGACUGGACUAGGGCUGAAGGGGGACAGAGGUUGGAUUAGACUUGGACUGGUCUGGAUUCUCUUAGUUUGGUCUGGUUCAGUUUCUUAGUGCUUAGUGCAAAUUAAAUACAGUGUGUGUGUGUGUGUGUGUGUGUGUGUGUGUGUGUGUGUGUGUGUGUGUGUGUGUGUGUGUGUGUGUGUGUGUGUGUGUGUGUGUGUGUGUGUGUGUGUGUGUGUGUGUGUGUGUGUGUGUGUGUGUGUGUGUGUGUGUGUGUGUGUGUGUGUGUGUGUGUGUGUGUGUGUGUGUGUGUGUGUGUGUGUGUGUGUGUGUGUGUGUGGCUGAAUCCCCCUGCUUCCAAAGCAGUUUUAAUCAAUCUGCACAGAGUAAACCUUUUUCUUAGCAUUUUUAGUUGCAAAACUUUAAUUUUGUGGAAAGCAAUUGGAAUUAAGAGUUUAUAAUCUCCGUUUCAGGCUACAAAUCAGUUUAUUCCUGUUGCACCUCUCAAUGACAAGGGAAUUCAAAAUGCUUUACCUAAAAACAUAAAGGAAAGAAAUGCAAGACAAGACACAUUUAAUCUGGAUUUAAAAGAUUCAUGUUGUAAAAAAAAAAUGGACCAGUUAAACAGAUCUGGGAUUUUAGAUUAUAAAGGUUAAGACUAUUUCAUUAGCUCACUAUAAAUGAUGUGGCACUACCAAGAAAUGAAAAACCAAAGGCCUGUUUCUGUUCCAGUCCAGUCCAGUCCACCUCUGUCCUCCAUGGGAUCCAGUACAGAAUCAGAAUCCAGUCCUGUUGGAGAUCGGCCGGGGUCUUUACAGUCUUCUCUCCUUUUUGCUUCAUCAGACAGACACUCCAGUGACAAUCCCAGGCCUCCUUCGUUGUCUCAGCAAACCCCUAAAUUCCUGUGUGUGUGUGGUUGUGUGUGUGUGUGUGUGCGUGUGUGUGUGUGUGUGUGUGUGUGUGUGUGUGUGUGUGUGUGAGAGAGCGACAGACUGCUGGUGUGAAUGACUGUACGAGUGUCAAGGUGAACGAGCUUAUUAACGGUACGGUUCCAGUGUACAUUUUAAUUUUAUUUUUCAGAGUCUUACAAUUCUCUCCAGAGUCUUAUGAGAUCAACUCUUCAGGCUGUCACCGUUGAGGUACUCCACAUGUAAAGGGACCAUGACAAAUUUAAUUUAUGUACAGGUUUUAAUGAGGAAAAGCUGACAAUGCUAAUAAGCUAAAAAACUAUGAAAGACUUUUAUGACGAGGGUCCGGUCGGGGUCCCUCCGUGUCAAUUAAAGUGAUGCUGACGAUCACGUGGCUGAAACAGGGAACAGGUUUGAACAGCUAAAUUGAAUUUGAGGUACUGUAAAGAAGAAUGUCUCAGUUUUUCUUUUCUUUUUUUUGUCGAAUGCACAUGGGGGUCGUAGUUUUAGGUGAUUUUUUUUGUCACACAUAAUUUUUACCUCAGUUGUUACGUCGCUGCUCAGUGGUCGUCACUAUGCAGGGAGGGAAAAAACCUGUAGGAGUCAGGGGGCCCACAGCUGGAUUGAUUGGGGGGGGGCCUCGAACAUGCUGGUACUACUGAAAUGUAUUUUACAGAAAACAGACACAUUUCUGAACCUGAGAGUUAAAGCUCAGUGCAGAAAUCAUGUAACUGUGCGUCGGCACUCCCAGCACUUUUUAAAAAAAACAGACACUGUCACGGAUAUUAGAGCAGAGGAGGACGCGACUCCACUAACGCGUGUCACGCGGCGGCCAUUUUGAAUAGUCACAGAAGGAAACGUUAACCUGAAAGAUCAGUCAAACUUGUGUUAUUCUUAUUGUGAACAAGUCCCAUGAAAGAUCAAAAAUGUGUCUCAGUGCAGCUGUACGACUGCAGUUUUGUGCAAAUGUAACUCAAGCAGGAGGAAACGGUUUGGGGCUAAUUUUCAGCGGCGGAUUAAUCCACAUUGGGUGCUCCGGUUCUUAUUUGGACGGUGUAUGUGUGAUUAAUUCAAAAAAAAUCUACAGUGUGUGUGUGUUUGUGUGUAUUCAUUGCAAUGAAGGAAAAUGUCACCCAGUGCAACAGUGCAGAUAUGUUUUUAAAAUAUUUUUUGUACAACAGUGGCGCUCUACGGCACAGAGGAAUGAUACGUACCAUACUUAGUUAGUAGGAUACAUUAUCUCCUGGCUUUCUGCUUGGUCUUUUCAAUAGUUGAGAAUAUGAAAAAAAAAAAAGAAUAUCAGUCUCGUUUUCAGAAAAGCGAAUUCAGGUUAGGCCAGUACAGAACUUAUGGUCCUCUGAUUUCAGAACCAUAUCGAUUUUAUGUUUUUAAGAUGACUUCCACAGAUUUGAAAUGUCAUUGAAAAGGCUCCUGGAGUAGAUCUGUAGGAGUAGAAGCUAUGUUUAAGCUAGUAACUAUGAGGACCUCAGCUUCAAGUGCUUAAAUUAGCAACAAAACUGACUAGCUAGCUAGCAAGUUAGCAAUUUACUGCUAUUGUUUGGACUGCUAACCCCGUAUCUAGCUCAAUCUAAAUGUGAACAAUUUGUUUUUAAGAUUAAAUCAUAUUUAUUUAGAAAGACGAAUAUCAAAUUCUUAAAAAAAAAACUGUUUGUACACAGCUGCGUGCUACUGGUGCCUUCAAAUCAGGUCGUGCUAGCUUGUUCAUGAGAUGGUACCAAAACGAAAGGCCGCGCAAGUUGUCGUUAACCUUUGUCACCUGUUCUUUUCCUUAUUCUUUGACAUAGAAAAACAACAACAGAUAUUUACUUUUGUUUUAAGUGUUCAUAUAUUCAUAUCAAACACAAACUCAGGAGUUACUUUGAAGGCAGCGCUUUAUCUUCCACGCAGACUUUUCCCAACCUGAGUGUUCAAAAUGGCCGCCGCGCUAGCCAGUCGGACAACGUAGAUUCCGGCGUAUUGUUCGCUCAGCAGAGUUGUAUAUAUGUUAGUUAGCUAGCUACUUGGGGCCAGUUAGUAAAUUUAGUUAGUCGUUCAUUGAUUUAACGCCACGGUUACAGUCGUGUGCUGGACUACCAGCCACAGAGACAACCAAUAGUUACCUUAGUGACCAGCCACUGUCCAAUCGGAAGUCAGCGAGGCUCAGCCAGUUGCAGCAUCUUGACCGUGGAGGGAGGUGUGCAUGAAUGUGUGUUUUCCCCCAGAACGAAGCUUGAUGAUGGUGACGGUCAUCAUCAUCAUCAUCAUCAUCAUCAUCAUCCCUGCCGACCCUGUCCUGUUCAUACUGUACUGUUCUCCGGUACCCGCCCUCUUCACCCUCGUCUUCACACUGUACGAAAAAAAAAAGAACCUAAUCCAGUUUGAAACUGUUCUUACUGUCUAUCUUCCAGGUUGUGUAUAAUACUACUGCUAUCUGAGAGUUAAUAUAUGAGCGCUACGGGCGGCGAUAGAGACGGCCUGCUGUUAAUUAUCACUGUAGAAGAUGAUGUACGUUGUUGUCUUUCAAUGUUCAGAAUAAACUUCAGUUGGACCAAGAA